AUGCCUUAUAGAUCCAGGAACUUGAAGAGGUCCAUGUCGCUGUUACUCACAAAGUUGUACCAGGGCUUGGGGGAGGAGAAGGGCCCCUCCAAGGGGCCGUGGGAAAUCUUCACACUUUUGAGUCAAAGGGAGAGAAAAUCCAUUCUGUCUUGUCUGAGGGACGGGACUGACCUCAGAUUUCCUCGGCUACUUAUCUUCAGCCUCUUCAGCGCCAGUGGCUCUUUUGUGACCUGGGAUGAGACCCUCCUGGAUAAACUCCUGCAUGGCCUGUAUCAGCGGCUGGAUGACCUGGAGACAGUUUGGAGUAGGAAAAGGCGGUGA